AAGUUACAGGGCUUUUUGCACUAAAACCAAAACACUCCCCCCCCCCCCCCCAACUUGCCAUGGCCGGUAACCAUCACCUCUUUGUUCUUAUUCGCCUCUAAGUUUUCUCUUCAUUUCUUCUCCUUCUUUUGUUCUAAACAACCCCAUUUUUUUUUUUGAAAUUUUUAAAGAGUUUUGCCCUUUGUUUUUCACUGUUUCUAGAACAGGGAAAGACGGGAGCUUUGGUUUUUUUCAAAGCCAAGAACCAAGGGAUUCUCUAUGCUUAGGAUGUAGUUUUUGAUCUGUCUGUAUGGUGACUAAUUGAAGUUUUGAUUGAAAAGAAAUCAAAACUAUCAAAAAGAAGGGGGGAAAACUUCAUUCUUCGUUUUGGGAGUUUGCAUUAAAGGAAGCAAAGGAGCAGGAAACUACGGGAAUGGAGCAAAGCUUUGGCUUCGGGAAAAAGAAGAUGACAAAGCAGAUGACAGGUAAAAGGGAUGAUACACCGCUGCACUCAGCUGUGAGAGCAGGAGAUUUUGAAUUGGUUUUGGAAAUAAUUAGUGGUGGUGAGGAUGGAGAGUUGAGGGAUUUGUUGUCUAAGCAGAAUCAAUCAGGUGAAACUGCCCUAUAUGUUGCUGCUGAGUGUGGUUAUGCCGAUUUAGUGAAGGAAAUGAUUAGGUACUGUGAUAUUGAUUUGGCGGGUGCUCAAGCAAGGAAUGGCUAUGAUGCUUUUCAUAUUGCUGCCAAGCAAGGGGACUUGGGGGUAUUGAAGAUUCUCAUGGAGGCCAACCUUGAUCUUUCAAUGACUUCUGAUUCUUUAAACACCACUGCAUUGCAUACUGCUGCAUCACAAGGCCACACUGAAGUGGUGAAUUUCCUCUUGGAAAACGGCAGCAACAUGGCCACAAUAGCAAGGAGAAAUGGGAAAACUGCCUUGCAUUCGGCAGCAAAGAAUGGGCAUCUAGAGAUAGUAAAGGCCCUUUUGUCUAAAGAACCUGGAAUUGCAAUGAGAAUUGACAAGAAGGGCCAGACAGCUCUACACAUGGCGGUUAAAGGAAAGAACGUUGAAGUGGUAGAUGAGCUGAUAAAGUCGGAUCCUUCUUUAAUAAACAUGGUUGAUACUAAGGGCAACACUGCUUUGCAUAUAGGAACUCAAAAGGGUCGGAUUCAGAUUGUUCAAAUGCUGCUAAACCACAGUGGAGUUCACAAACUAGUCAUCAACAAGUUUGGGGAAACGGCUCUUGACACUGCAGAGAAAAAUAAGCGAUCUGAUAUUGCAGGCGUCUUAAGAGAGCAUGGAGUUCAAUCUGCCAAAUUCAUCAAGUCACAACCUACAAAUUCAGCUCGAGAACUAAAACAAACUGUAAGUGAUAUAAAGAAUGGGGUUCAUCACCAGCUUGAGCAUACACGCCAAACAAGAAAACGCGUGCAAGGCAUAGCUAAGCGGCUUAACAAAAUGCAUGUUGAAGGUCUCAAUAAUGCAAUCAACUCCACCACAGUGGUGGCAGUUCUCAUUGCCACUAUUGCAUUUGCUGCCAUUUUCAAUGUCCCAGGCCAAUAUGCUGACAGUCCAGAAGAUAAAGCACCGGGAGUAUCUCCUGGACAAGCAAGAACCGCUUCAAAACCACCGUUUAUGAUUUUUAUUGUGUUUGACUCCAUAGCCCUCUUCAUAUCAUUGGCUGUUGUGGUAGUGCAAACCUCAGUUGUAGUUAUACAGAGAAAUGCGAAGGAGCAGAUGAUGGCAGUUAUUAAUAAGCUCAUGUGGUUGGCUUGUGUGCUGAUUUCAGUUGCAUUUCUUGCCCUCUCGUAUAUUGUAGUUGGAGAAGAUGAGAGGUGGUUAGCUAAUCUUAUUACUGGUAUAGGGACUGUUAUCAUGGUAUCAACAUUGGGGACAUUGUGUUAUUGGUUGAUUGUGAACCGUAUUGAGGCUUCAAAAAUUCGGAGCAUUCGGAGGUCGUCAAUUAAUAGUAGAUCUAGGUCAUUAUCAAUGUCAUAUAUGUCUGACAUGGAUAUUCUGUAUGAUGAGCAAAAGAAACUCUAUGUAGUUUGAGCUUUGAUGCUCCUUAUAUCCAUCUCCCCACCCACCUACCCACCUCUUUACCUCAUGUACAUAUAUCUGACUAACUGUAGCAGAAUGUCAGCUUAGUGCUCCUCAUUGAAUCAAAAGACCCAUGUUAUACAGAUUGUAAAACAGCAGAUUUCCCUUUUACAGUUCAAUGGAUCGAGGAAACUAAUUAGUCAAUGAUUUAGCUUCA